CCUGAGUUAGAGGCCAGUGGUUGGGGACCCGACAAACUCAAGCUCAUGGUAUUGGACCACAACCUGGAUCUGGUGAAGGAGUGGGUGCGCGUCAUAUUUGCCGACAAAACUGCCGCUAAAUACGCCGCCGGAACGGCUACCCAUUGGUACUCACCCGGAACACCCCAUACUGUGCUUGAUGAGGCUUAUCAGGGUCACCCUGAUAAGUUUUUCUUGGCUACUGAGGCGUGUCAGGUGGGUGGUGUCAAAAUUGGGGACUGGCAUUUGGCUGAACGUUAUGCUAAUGAUAUUAUCCAGCACCUACUUCACCACACCAUGGGUUGGGUGGACUGGAACAUGGCGCUGGACACCCAGGGAGGUCCCAACUGGACCAACAACUUUGUCGACUCACCCAUCCUCAUAAACGCCGGCGCCGGCGAGUACUAUAGGCAGCCCUCGUACUACGCGUUGGCCCACUUCAGCAAAUUUUUGCCGCCCGGUUCCGUACGGGUGGACACGACCUCUACCGGCAGUAAAGCCAGUGUCGCCGCCUUUCGACGACCGGACAACUCGGUUGCUGUGAUUGUCGUGAAUAACGAUAACACGGAUAUA